AUGGCAGACAACGCAGCCUCAACACUCACGUCGCCGUCCGACAAGAAACUCAAGUCGCAUAAGAAACAUAAGCGACACCGUGAAGCCGAUGGUACCGAGGGCAACGAGCGAAAGCACAAGAAAUCCAAAAGUAGCAGUAAUUCUCAUGCUCCAGAACCAGAAGAUCCAAUCCAGAUAGAAACCAAGUUGGCCGACGCGAUUAUACCAGAGACCGAGGCAAACGGCAACGAUAGUAAAGCAGGAAAAAAGAAGAAGAGGCCAAGACAUAAGGAUAGGGACCAAACUACAGAAAAGACAGAUGAGCACCAAAUAGUGCAAAAUGGCGCAGUGGGCGGAAGCGCCUCCAAAAAGGACAAGAAAAAAUCAAAGGAACACAAGAAGAAACAUGAUAAGAUCAAUAUAGAGGAAUCAGUCAUUCCAGAUAGUCAACCAGUUCCAACAGCACAGGACCAAGAGACAGAGGAUCCCGAACCGGAUUCUAUGGACAUCGACUCAGUUCCAGCCGAGACUUCUAAUUCUGACGAAUUCGGACAAAAGCCGGCAGCCAGCGAAUACCCCUUCUUCACACAAACCGUUUCACAGUACCCCUCUCUAUUUCCAUCAGGUUUGAUCGAGCCGAUAGAAGGGUUUGCGGAUCAGCAUCUGAGACCUCUGCUCAAUCGCUACGUUCCAAGCUUUCGUGGUGUUCUACUAGCCUAUCGAAAUCCCCGUGUUGGAGAGGCACCAGGUAGGGGGUCGCUGACUGAAGAAAGCAAGGCGAAGGAGACCGUCUUACUUGAGUCUAUCAAUGAAUAUGCGGUAGCUUUUGGGUGGUUGACGGUCGACGUCGAUAUAUUCCGUCCGUCUCGAGGCGUGUCCAUGGAAGGUAUAGUGAAUCUACAAGGCGAGGGCCAUAUCGGAGUCGUCUGCUGGGACAUGUUCAAUGCUUCUAUCGAAGCAGCGCGAUUACCUCAUGGAUGGCGCUGGGUUGAUUUACUGUCCAAAGACAAAGAUAAAGGCAAAGACAGAGGCAAGGGCAAGAAAGCGGACAGGGAGAAGACAGCUGAGGAAGCUAAACUCCCGACACCCGAGCCCUUUGACAACCCCGAAGACGAUACCACUCAGAUGCAUACUACCGGUUACUGGGUGGAUGAGACCGGGAAGAGAAUACGAGGAGGGGCUAAGAUCUACUUCCGGAUCAAGCAUUACGAAGUUGGUAUCAGCGGCGAUUACGGAUACCUAAGUAUCGAAGGUACGAUGUUGACCGAGGAAGAAGAGAAGGUUAAAAAUGCCGAGGAGAUGGAGGUCUUAAGACGGCGCAGGCUAAAGCACGGCGGCGUAUUACGAAAAGAGCAGAAGCGCUUGCCGGAAUUUAGCAUGACCAAGUUCGGCGUGAAUGAAACCGAAGACAAUGAGACUCAGCGUGCCCCUGUACAACAGGUCCUGAGUCGUCCAGGAAGUGACACCGAAUAG